AAUAAUGUCUACUCACUGGACUCUAUCAGAGGUCCUGGGUCAGCGGAGGUUGUUGGGACUCGGAGCUCUGCUGGCAUGGCUCAUCCUCUUCCACCUCCUGGUGAAUGUCUGGCUACUCUGCGUCUUCACCAGCCUCCUGGUGGUUCUCGGGGGUUGGUUGGGGUCCCGUGCUGUCCUGGAUGCAAACAGCCUUCUCCACCUGGAACACUUUCUGCCUCUCGGCAAAGUGAGCCCGCCUCUGUAUUCACCUGAACAUGAGUGGAGGUUGAACCACGAGAUCCACAGUGCCGUCCACAAAGCUGUGCGCGACUUUGUGUCGUCCUGGUAUCGAACUCUGCUGCCAGAGGUGGAGGGGGAGUUUGAACGUGCGGUGCGUAAUUCCAUGCUGGAGUCAGUAAUGGAGCUAAAGGAGCGUGCGAGGCGCCUGGACAGAAAAGCGCUUGUUCAACGGCUGCUUGAGCUGUACGGCUGUCACCUGCAGAGCUACAUGACAGCAAUACAGAUACAGUCGACUGAAAAGGAGAGAAUCAGCCUAUGGCAGCUCUACAGCGAGGUAGACUCCCCUCACCCGGCUGUGAGCAGCGCAGCCGCUGAGCUCAGCUACGCCAGAGCUCUAGUAAACCUCGUCCUACAUGUGCUAGUUCCAUACCCACAGAUGGAAACAAGAACUGGAGGUUACGUAGUUACUGAACUCAUCACCUGCAAUGUGCUGCUGCCUCUCAUCAGCAGGGUGUCUGAUCCUGACUGGCUCAAUCAGACGAUUGUGGACAUAAUCGCCAGGUCCAGAGAACCAAUCAACCAAUCAAUCAACGUGGGUGAGCUCCCCGCACACGCUCUCUACAGAUGUCCGAUCCAGCAGGAGUCCUGGACAACGUGCAGGUCAGAUUCUUCUUCUGAUCAAGCGGGCAGAAGCUCCUCAGAGUGUGAGGAUGUGCAGAGUCAGAGGGAUUCGUCACAGGGCAGCAUGGUCAGCCUGCUGUCUGCUGGGAGACUAGAAGGUUGCCAUGCAGGUUUACUCACACCGUGCAAAGUAAGCUGCUGCUCUGUCUCAUCUGGACAUUACUGCCGCUCAUCAGACUCCAAAUUGAUCGGUUUAGACUCCCUGAUUCAUUCGGACUCUGACGAUGAUCUCCCUGGAGGCUUUUGUGACUGUGGUCCUCCAAAGAAUUUCUGCCCUCUGAAGGAUGACGAAGACUUUGGGUGCUUCGCUCCUCUGUUAAAUCGCGGGUCAAAGGUGGUGGUGCCUGAGGAAUCCCAGUGGCCGGCUGGCAUAGCCCAGGAGAAAUCCCCAGUUAGUCCUCCAAGAAGAUUUUGUCUAAGCCCCUGCAAUUUUGAUCCCCCAAACAACCAGGCUUCAGCGGUGACCAUCCAGAACGUGCAGAUUUCUGGUACCGUCAAUGCAAUGGAGCAGCGUGGCACUGGCAUUUAUCCCUACACUCUCUACACUGUAAAGUUUGAGACAUUUACCGAAGCAGAGACUCACGGUGCUCAGCAGCUUGCUGCCUGUCACACUGUCAACAGGAGAUACAGCGAGUUCCUCAACUUACAGACACGUUUAGAGGAGAAGCCCGAAGUCAAGAAGUUAAUCAAGAAUGUCAAAGGCCCAAAGAAAAUGUUCCCUGACCUCCUGUUUGGAAAUGCAGACAACGAAAAGGUCGAAGCUCGUAAAGGCCAACUGGAUAUGUUCCUUAAACAACUGAGCAGCAUUCCUGAGACAUCCAACAGUGAGGACAUGCAGGAGUUCCUGUCUCUAAACACAGAUGUGAGCACGUAUUUUGAAAAAAAGCCUUGCGCCAAGUCAAGAAUUGAUAAGAUGGUGGAAAAUGCUUUAGACACUCUGAAGACGGCGUUCCCUCAUCCUGAUCCCGUCAGUCCAACAGAGGAGCUCGAGGGAGAAGCUGAUGGCAGAGCAAUGGAAAGCCGUAAGAACAGAGGCUCCAUAACAAGCAGGAGGCUCAUGUUCCCAAGCAAAAUUUCCCCAUCUCUCAACAUACCUGAACUCCAUCCCAAAGUGACGUACUGCUUCAGUGAAGGCAGCGCGGUCCUUAAUGGGAUGUCGCUGUCAGGCCUGGAAAACUUUGUCCUAGAGCAGGAAAGACUUUUAUGUGAGCCAAGUGGAAAAAUGACGGCCAGGCAGAGCUGUGAGCAGCCCGGCAAAGACAAGAAGACUUCAGGGAAAGCUCAUGGCACAGACACAGCUGUGGCAGAUGUUGUCUUGAACAUCUUGUGUCUGCUGAUGAAGGACCAGUGGAGCUGGCUGUGCACUGAGAACAUACAGAAGACCAUCAGACUGCUCUUUGGUACCUUCAUUGAGAGAUGGUUGGAUGUAGGAGUCGCCUGCCUCACCAGCCCCCCCUGCUGGGUGAUUUACUUACAAGUGCUGCAGGAGGCUGUGUGGCCGGGCGGCACGCUGCCUGCUCAACCACGACCCGAGCGCAGCGCUGCAGAGAGAGAGGAAACCAAGGAGCAAUGCCUGGACUGUCUGAUGCAGCUGCUUCCAGAACUGAUCACUGACCUGCUGGGAAGUGAGAAGUACAGACUGAGCCUGGAGACAAUGCUGGAGUCUUUUCAGGACCAUCAGAUAAACAAGCAUCUGAUCUACUGCAUCUGUGACCUGCUGCUGGAGUUUCUGAUCCCAGAGUCAUGUGACGAGGCGUUCCAGAGGUCUCUGCUGCAGAGCCUGUCCAAAGACGCAGAGAGGGACAACUCACACGUAUGAUCAGCAGCGCAGGAUGAACACUCUGAUUCCUCUUUGAUAACGGCCUGAGCUAUCAGGAGUCUGGUGAUGGUACAAAUAACAGCAGUCAUGAAGUGGGAUUGGCCAGUGGUAAGAAGAGAUCGUCUUGUCUCUUUGUGCAUCAGAAUCAAAGAGUGUAUUAUAACCUCCCUUUUUUAUUGUUGACUGACACAAAGAUGAGAAAUAUGUGAAAUGUGUGUAUAUACGGCAUGAGGGGAGGCCUUACAAAGAUACGAUUAUGGGACCA